CCGGAUCCGGCCGCCAUCUUGGGCUGCCGCGGAGAGUCCCGGCGGCAGGAGCGGGCGAGAUGUUGACCCGGCUUUCGGCUGCUCUCCAGCGGCUCCUCUCACCGCCCAGGCCCGAGGCCCCAGGGCCGGAGGCCUCAGGAGGAGCCGGCGAUUCCCGGGCCGCCAGGAAGCGGGGCCGCAGCAGUCCACAGGACAUCGAAGAACAAGAUGAUAAACAGUGGAAGAGAUUUAAAAUGGGUGACCUGGUGGACACGGUGAGGAACACGGCCGAGGGCGUCAGGCUGACCACCAGCAGCGUGCUGAGCUGGGUGCGGAGCCAGGGACCCUCGCUGGGCUCCGUGCUCUCGGCGGCGGCGGCGGCGGCGCCAGCCCCCCGGCGCUCUCCCGGCAGGCAGAGGCGAGCUGCACCACCCCCUCCUCCCCCUCCUCCUCCUCCUCCUCCCCCGGCCUCCUCUCGCAGCCAGGGCAGCAUGUUGUUUGUGGUGGGGAAGGUGGAUGGGCUCCUGAUGGUCAGCGGCCGGAGGCACAAUUCGGACGAUGUCGUGGCCACAGCGCUGGCGGUGGAGCCGGUGAAGACUGCGUAUAGAGGAAGGAUCGCUGUGUUCUCUGUCACUGUGUUUUAUGACGAACGGAUUGUGAUUGUGGCUGAGCAGCGACCAGACACCUCUGAAGAGGACAGUUUCCAGUGGAUGAGCCGCGUGCUGCAGGCAAUCGAUGGUAUCCACCAGGUGGGUGUGUACUGUUUGGCCCUGGUUCCAGCCAACACGCUCCCCAAGACGCCGCUAGGAGGAAUCCACAUUGCUCAGAGCAAGCAGCGCUUCCUGGAGGGGACACUGCAUGCGUGUAACAUCCUGCUCUGUCCACACACGUGUGUGACCAACCUCCCGAAACCCCGACAGAAACAACCCACCGGGGUUGGACCUGCUUCGAUGAUCGUGGGGAACCUGGUGGCCGGGAAGAGGAUCGCCCAGGCUUUGGGGAGGGAACUGGGCCGCAGCGAGGAGCAUGAGCUGGGGCGUAAGUUCCAGUACCUGGCUGAUGUGCUCCAUUGUCGUGCUCAGUCUACACCUGAUCACGUUCUCUUCGUCCUGCUCAAUGCCAAGGGGACUGUGAUCUGCACAGCCUCGUCCCUCCAGCUGCAUCGGCGGGCCGAGAGGAUAGCAUCGGUGCUCAGCGACAAAGGACGUUUUAAUGCCGGGGAUGUCGUGGUUCUGCUCUACCCUCCUGGUGUGGAACUGAUCGCCGCGUUCUACGGCUGCCUGUACGCAGGGUGUGUUCCUGUCACUGUCCGGCCCCCUCACCCCCAGAGUCUCUCCGCCACACUGCCCACCGUCAAGAUGGUCGUGGAGGUCAGCAAGGCCGUGUGCAUCUUGACCACACAGACGUUGUCCAAGCUGUUGCGAUCGAAGGAGGCAGCCAGUGCAGUGGACGUCCGGAGCUGGCCCACCAUCGUCGACACAGAUGACCUGCCCAGGAGGAGGAUGUCCAACAUCUACAGGCCGCCCACGCCCGAGAUGCUAGCCUACCUGGACUUCAGUGUCUCCACCACCGGCAUGCUGACUGGAGUCAAGGUCUCCCACGCUGCCGUCAGUGCCUUGUGUCGCUCGAUAAAGCUUCAGUGCGAGCUCUACUCUUCGCGACAGAUUUCCAUCUGCCUGGAUCCCUACUGCGGCCUGGGCUUUGCGCUGUGGUCCCUCUGCGGGGUUUACUGCGGGCACCAGUCGAUCCUGAUCCCUCCGGUGGAGCUGGAGACCAACCUCCCCCUGUGGCUGUCGACUGUCAGUCAGUACAAGAUCCGAGACACCUUCUGCUCUUACUCGGUGAUGGAGCUGUGUACAAGGGGACUCGGGACGCAGACCGAGAGCCUAAAGGCUCGGGGGGUGAACCUGUCGUGUGUCCGGACCUGCGUGGUGGUCGCAGAGGAGAGGGCCCGGAUCUCACUGACCCAGUCCUUCUCCAAGCUCUUCAAGGACCUGGGGUUGUCGCCCAGGGCGGUCAGUACCACCUUCGGAUCGCGGGUCAACAUCGCCAUCUGUUUACAGGGAACCUCAGGACCUGACCCAACAACGGUCUACGUGGACUUGAAGGCACUACGCCAUGACAGAGUCAGGCUGGUGGAACGCGGAGCACCACAGAGUCUACCUCUCAUUGAAUCUGGUAAGAUGUUACCUGGCGUGCGAGUGAUUAUCGUGAACCCCGAAACCAGGGGCCCUCUGGGAGACGCUCACCUGGGGGAGAUCUGGGUGAGCAGCUCUCACAACUCCAGCGGCUACUACUCCAUCGACGGGGACGAGUCGCUCCAGGCUGACCACUUCAACACGCGGCUCAGCUUCGGAGAUGUCCAGACGGCCUGGGCCAGGACAGGCUACCUUGGCUUCGUCCGCAGGACAGAGCUCACCGAUGCCAGCGGGGAUCGACAUGAUGCACUUUAUAUCGUUGGAGCUCUCGAUGAGACCCUGGAGCUACGAGGUCUCCGCUAUCAUCCCAUCGAUAUUGAAACUUCAGUCUCCCGCGCUCACCGGGGCAUCGGUGAAUGUGCGGUGUUCAGCUGGACCAACCUGCUGGUGGUGGUGGUGGAGCUGAGCAGCUGCGAGCAGGAGGCCCUGGAUCUGGUGCCGCUGGUGACCGGCGUGGUCUUGGAGGAGCACUACCUGAUCGUGGGGGUGGUGGUGGUGGUGGACCCCGGCGUGGUACCCGUCAACUCCCGGGGCGAGAAGCAGCGCAUGCACCUGAGGGACAGCUUCCUGGCCGACCAGCUCGACCCCAUCUACGUGGCGUACAACAUUUAGGGACUGUGGAUAAUCCAACGCCUGAAAUUCAGGAUGGGCGGGCUGGUGUAAAUAUGAAGAUUCCGGACCACCGUGAGCGUUCACGGCCAGUUCCCCGCUCUGCGGCCCGGGGGGGGGGUGGUCUCGUCUCGCCGACUGACCGGCGCCGUCGUUUGACCGUCUCGUCGCGACCUCCGACGUCCCGGACCCGGCUCGAGGCGGUCGUCUGGCCCCUUUCCGGAGCGACCGGCUUGACCGCGGGCGGUGGGGGGGGGCUUGUUCUCUGGCGGUGCUGCGUCGAAAUGUCCGGCUGGUUUUCAAAUCCUUCCGCUCGGUCCUCGUUGUAGCCGUCCUUGUUGACGUUCUUUGUCCUCGAUUUUUUUUUUUGUACAUUUGUGAUAAUUGCUGUGUUUUAUACCUCGACGGCCGAAAAUAAUUAAAGGCAUUUAUUUUUGCUCC